UUAACAAGAUAAACUGUAGAAAUGGGCGGUGUUUAUGUAUGUUGCGCGGUGGGUUAUGGGUGUGAGCAGAGAAGUAAAAUGGCGGAAUUGGCAAACGAAGAGAAGCCUGCCAUAGCGCCACCAGUGUUUCUGUUCCAAAAAGAUAAAGCACAGAAGAGAUCAGCUGAUGGCUCGAGUGCAGAAGAUAAAGGUUCAGACAAAGAGGAUGGUGGAUACUUUCCUCCAGUAAAAAGAGAGAGGACUUCAUCUUUAACACAGUUCCCACCUUCACAUUCUGGGUCUAGUAAGAACAAUGUCUUCAUGCCCUCAAGUUUCUGCCAGUCUCCAACUGGGAAUUCAGAGGACUCAGAACCAGAUGAGAAGCCUGUAGGGUUUCGUUUAAAACCACCUACUCUCAUCCACGGCCAGGCGCCUAGUUCAGAUUGUGUUCCAGGCGUCCCCAGUCAGAAACCCAAGGAGCAGCAGCGCAGUGUGCUCCGGCCAGCCUUGCUCCAGGCCCCACCAGUCAAGUCUAACUCAGAGUCCACUAACGGGGUGAGGAAGUUUUCCGACGGAACAUCAGAAGGGUCGAGCAUCUUCCAGAACAACACUGAGCACUCAGACGUCCUCGCUAAGUCACCGAAACAUGAAAGGGAGGAUGGAGCGAGCAGAGAGAAGAACGAUUGUUCUGCAGAGUCCUCUUUCGUGUUUGGGCAAAAUAUCAAAGACCGAGCAAAGUUGGACGAGAAUAGUAAAGAUGGCAAGUUGUUACCCCUGGAUUCUCAGGAGGGAACAAACUAUUUCUUACAAUACAUCGCCACCCCCAGUUCAAAGAACGCCAUACACAAUACCGACAAGGGGGCCAAAUUUGUCUUUGGACAGAACAUGUCAGAGAGAGUCCUAAGCCCUUCCAAGGGAGGGGAGGCAUCAGUGGAAGACUGUAAAGUCUUACCAGCUCCCCCUGUGUCUGAAUCCUCUUCCAAGGAAAACAUACCAGAGAAGGGUAACAACGUGACAGAGUCACUGGAGGAAUCUGCAGCAGCGUACACCAAAGCCACAGCCAAGAAGUGCAUCUUGGAGAAGGUAGACGUCAAAACUGGAGAAGAAUCAGAAAGUAACGUUUUGCAGGUCCAGUGCAAGUUGUUUGUGUUUGACAAGACAGCCCAGACGUGGAUAGAGCGGGGUCGAGGGCUGCUCAGGCUUAAUGACAUGGCAUCCACAGACGACGGAUCACUACAAUCACGUCUAGUGAUGCGGACCCAGGGCAGCCUUAGAUUGAUCCUGAACGCCAAACUGUGGCCUCAGAUGCAAGUGGACAAGGCCAGCGAAAAGAGUGUCCGUGUCACCGCCAUGGACACAGAAGACCAAGGGGUUAAGGUCUUCCUAAUAUCGGCUAGUUCUAGGGAGGACACAGGUCAGCUGGCAGCAGCCCUGCACCAUCGUAUCCUGGCCCUAAAGAGCCGGGUGGACCAGGAGCCCCAGGAGGCCCCGGCUACAGACUGUGCCCCCGAGGCUGACUUGCCCCACUCUGAAGGGGACAGCGAUGAGGAAGAUCAGGUCAACAAUGCUGCAGUUAACUCAGAGGGAGGAGAGGCCCAAGCUGCUGGAAGUACAUAGCGUUAGUCCCCCUAAAGGAUUGCCUGCCAGGAUACUGCUACUGCUGUUUUGGCAUUUUACUGAGGGCAUCCCAACGGACACCCUACCCUGACCAACAUGGGUCCUUCAGACCAGUACUUUUGGAUACUCAGAAGUCUAGCUCCAGUUUAUUUUUUUUCUUUACAUUCAAUCAACAUAAAAACAUCUGGAGUUGUAUUUUUUUUAAAUAUUAAAAAAAAAAAAAAAAAAAAUUUCUCAGCUGCAAAAAUAAAUACUUAUUUUUGCAGCUGAGACAAAAACUUGGCUGCUCAUCAUAUUGAUGAGUGUGGGGGUGUUUUCCUCUCCAACAUUUUAAGGUAUGGCACAUGUUUAAGACUGCAGUUUCUACCUUGGGACUUUUUUACUCACCAGUCCACCACCACACCUCUGGGACCCAACCAACCACCCCAGGCUCCAGAGGAACUCCUGUCUGUCACCGUAUACUGACCUGUCUUAUGGUCAGUCAUUUGACUGGUUUCUACGUCAUCCCCAUCCAUUCAGCUUUUUACAUGGGGGCUGAUUCCGACCUGAGUUAAGCGGGCGUAAAUGGAACGUAAUUCUCUUUUUAUGCACUUUUCUCUCUGACCUUGAACUUAAUCCACUAAUAAUUCCACCACCUUUACGUGUGAGGAAACCAUGAAUAUGGCAGAAAACUGAAGUAUAUAAAAAUGUCCCACAGUAAAGUUUAUGAAAUGCUGUGUCGUUAUGCAGAAUUUAAUUUGUACAGCCUUUUAACUUGCAGGGAUGGGCACUCUCAAAAGUCUUAAUUUUAGGCUACCCCCAACUUUCUAUCAUGUUAAAUAUUAGCCACUAUCAGUAUCGACGGUCAGUAGGCCUAAUAACCACACUUAUACCAUGGCGUUGUUAAGUACUAGUUUCUGAAGGGGAUUCUAGAGCGUGCGUUAUAGGGAAAUAAAGCACUGUAGAAUUAAAUGGCUAUAGUUCAUCCUUACAUGUUCUGUGUUUGAGCUGCAUUGAAAGCAAAAGUCGAAUUGAAAACAUUGGCAUUGUUGAAUUAGAUUUUCAUAAUCGCAAGCUAGGUCUGAUGGUUUGGUUAGCUAAACUAGCAAGUCUGUUUUGUUAUCUAGUAAAGUUCCUAGCUACCUUAGUGGAUGUUGAACACAUUUCUAGAGGCAAAUGUGUUAAAUUAUUGGCAUGGUAUAAAAGGGAUAAUCAACUCGGGGCUCUGCUUUCUCUGGAAAAUAAUGCAACUCGUGGAAGGUCAGUUCCACUCUAGUGCGUCGUGGGACACACCUUCCACGUCGUUCAUUAUUUUCCAUAGACCGCAUAGCCCCUCGUUGAUUAUCCCUUAAAUAUUCGUUCUGCCAAUUUACUGUUCCCUUUAUCAUUUCAUUUAAUUACAUUGUUUUAUUUACCUUAAUUUGCUUCCUCUGUAAAUGCAGUCAUGGCUAUGUGGUUGUUGCUGACGGUCAUUAGUAACAGUUGGUAAUAUAUUUUUUAAACGUGUAGGCUAAUUAAAUCAUGGAGUUGAGCGCAAACCAAGCUGUAACAGUUUGAACACGACACAAUACUUGGCUGUGUCAUCACACAGUUUCAUGGUCAGUGCAUGCAAUAGACGAUGGUAGAGUCUACUAUUGUACACUAUUCUCCCUAUUAUAAUUCAAUAUACGCUAAUCUUCCAACAUUGCCAUGGGUAAUUGAAUGUGGCAAUUUUCAGAAUGAAUCAAACCACUUUCUUUCUUUCGUGCAUAAAGUCUCGCUAAACCUGUUUUUUUUUAUGAUUCAUAAAUACUUUCCUAAACCUGAAUAAUCGACAAGAUCAGAGUAUUUUUCAAUCUACCGACUGGUGCUGAAACACAGACAGAAAUGCAUAUGUUUAGAUUGCUUUCUUUCAUUGAUCCAUAAUAUUCUGAACUCGUUCUCAAUAUAUUCUAGUGAGUCUGUCAUCAAAAUUCAAACUAAAAGGUACACCGUAUUGGAAGGGAUGGCUUAAGAUAAAUGUUCUGAACCCUAUUGGAUGAAAAAUCUGUUUGCCAGCAAAUGUGAUUGAAUUAAGUUUUUUCAGAGCGUGUUACUCGACUAAGGUAAGUCUGAAUACCAAAUACUGAGAAGUGUGUAGGAAACGCAUAUGUUUCUUUAGUCUGAAUCUGCCCCAUGUUGAAUAUUUUCCGGACAUCAUUAAAUUUUGGUCAUGAAUUU